AUGGACUUGAGGGUAACAAGCCUUCUUCUCAUCCUCCUGGCUUUGGCCGAGGGAACCCCCGAGAGGUACUACGCACCCAAAGUGACAAAGGUUCCCUACCCUGUCAAGAGCCACGCUGUCGUAGGACAACCAGGCCCUCCAGGCCCUCCAGGAGAGCAAGGACCAAUGGGACCAUCUGGACCACCUGGAGAAAGGGGUGUUGGACACACAGGACCACGAGGCCCACCAGGAUCUCCUGGAGCCCCUGGCCACUCUCAGGCGGGUAAACCAGGUACCCCAGGUGCACCUGGAAAACCAGGUGCCCCUGGUCUUCCUGGUGAUAAAGGCAUCCCUGGUGCACAUGGAGCAAUGGGGCCAAGAGGUGCCCCUGGAACCCCUGGAACUCCUGGCCCUGAAGGACUUUCAGCUGUUGGAAAACCUGGACCAUCUGGGUUCCCAGGUGCAAUUGGUCCAAGGGGUGAGCCUGGUUUGAAGGGGCAUCCUGGUAUCCCUGGUCUACCUGGUUCCAAAGGUGAAAAGGGCAUUGGUGUUCCUGGUGUACAAGGACCACCAGGUCCAACUGGACCAAUGGGCCCAUCUGGUAUGCCAGGCAGUCCUGGAAUUGGCAAGCCUGGUGCCACUGGCUAUCCUGGAGAACCUGGUAAGUCUGGCAUGCCAGGAAGAGAUGGAGCUCCUGGCCCAGUGGGUGCACCAGGGCUUAAAGGUCACACUGGGCCUCCAGGUGUAGGAGCUCCAGGAAAGUCAGGCCAGAAUGGUACUCCAGGUAUGCCUGGACCUAUGGGGCCCAAGGGUCCACAGGGUCCUGCUGGUCAGCCAGGCUCCCCUGGCAUGCCAGGUGUUGGCAAAACAGGUGAACCAGGAAUUCCAGGAAGCAGAGGUGCUCCUGGAACUUCAGGAACCACCGGUCAGAAAGGAGAGCCAGGCCCAACUGGAUUUACUGGUCAUCCAGGUGCUCCUGGUCCAGUUGGCCCAGCUGGUCCACAGGGUGCAAGAGGGUUUCAGGGUGAGUCAGGCCCAGUUGGACCCAAAGGUGACAUUGGUAUGGUGGGUGCACCAGGCCCAAGGGGAUCCAAAGGUGAGCAGGGAGCUCAAGGGUUCUCUGGAAAACCAGGUACCCCUGGCGCUGUAGGUCCUGCAGGACUUCCAGGUCAUAAUGGUGCUCAGGGUCCUAAGGGUUCACAAGGACAUGCUGGUGCACCAGGACUCCCUGGUUCAAAUGGUGCACCUGGACUAAAAGGACAUACAGGUCAACCAGGCGCACCAGGAAAAAGUGGUGAACCUGGAAGGCCAGGGCCAGUGGGACCAGUUGGGGCCCCUGGUCCAUCAGGUCCAUCUGGACUCAAGGGCCACCCAGGACUUCCAGGUUCACCUGGUCCAGCUGGCCAGACUGCCAAGGGAGUUUCUGGUCCUCAGGGUCCCCCUGGAUUCCCAGGUGAGAGAGGUCAGGAUGGUCUCCCUGGCCCUGUUGGUCCUCCUGGUCCACCUGGUCCACCAGGAGAAGUGGUCUACCACCACGACAAGAGCAUGCCAAUCAAGUCUCAUGAAGUUGUGAUGCCUCAUGAAAUCAUGAAAGCUCCUAUGUCUGCCUUCAGUGCUGUGCUGACCACGGCCUACCCCCAAGCUGGAGUCCCAAUCCAGUUCAACCAGAUUGUAUAUAAUGGAGAGCACCAUUAUGAUGCACACAGUGGUGUGUUCACCUGUCAAAUCCCAGGCCUGUACUUCUUCAGCUUCCAUAUGCAUGUCAACGGUGCUAAUGCAUUGGUGGCCCUCUACAAAAACGAGGAGCCAGUUUUGUUCACAUAUGAUGAGUACAACAAGGGCUUCCUUGACCAGAUGUCAGGCAGUGCUGUUCUCCUGCUGCAUCCUGGAGACAGGGUCUAUGUCCAAGUUCCUGAUGAGGAGAGCAAUGGUAUAUUUGCUGCAGAUAAUGUUCAUUGUAUUUUCUCUGGGUUCCUAAUUGCCUCCACGUGAUUUCAAAAAUCUUUAUAAACCUCAAAAAUUCUAAAACAUCAAACUUCACAG